CGGCGCCGCAACAAACAGAGCCAGCCGCGUUGUCCACCAGGCGAGGAUGAGCAUGAUCCUCCUGUGGGUUCGUCCCGCCGGAUGGAGUGUGUUGGACCGUCUCAACCGUUCAGCCGGCAAGACCAAGGCACCCCUCUCAUCACAUACAAAAGGAAGGCCCUGCCAACUCGUCCCUCUCCCAGUUGCCAGAAGGACGAAGGUGGUGCGUCCAGGAAGGCGGCGCUGCGGGAGAUAAGCGAAGGAUCGGACGAGGAAACGGAGGACGAUUCUAGGGUAUGUGUUGAUCGACAUCCACAGGGUAAUCAUGUCGUCGACGAUGACGAAUGUGGUGUCGAUGAGGACGACGUCGAAGAGGAGAACAACGAGAGGGGGAGAGAGAGAGAGGAUCGUGAGGAAACUAUGCACGACUGCGAGGGUGGGGAGUCUCAACAAUACUAUGAGGAGGACGACGGGGGCGAUGGAGAAAACGAUCAUGCCUAUCCUAUAGGUGAUGACGAUGGACGGCAAGAGCAGUCGACUAAUGUGGGGGUCGACGACUCAACAGGAGAGCAGUCGGAGCGCGCUGCGAAGAAACUCACUGUCGCUGCAUCUCGACAGGCGCUCAAAGCUUCUCAAGAGGUGGUCGCUGAAAGCGUGAAGAGACGAAAAGGGUCCGCGUCGACAAGGGCGACAAAAGCGGAGAAACGUCCACCGAAAAGAAAGCAGAUGGUGGAUGAGGGUGACUCUGGAGAGGAUGCCGAAGGGGUUCCUCCAAGAGAUAUGUCGGAACACACACAACCUUCCGCCGACACCCGUGAUGAAGCCAUUGACACAACACGGUGCUUCUUCUUGGAGUUCGAUGAAGAUGGGUUUGCAAAGAAGAAAAGGGAACACAUUGAAGUGGACGUCACGAAGAUCUUGCCAAUCCCUGAAGGUGACAUCCUCUUCAACCAUAGAACGUUGGACGAAACGUUGGUGCAGUCCAUAUAUGAUGCGAUCCAUCAUGCGGCCAGGGAAACCAACAGGAAGUGGGAUUUCAUGACUUUCAUCCUAGCUCCCAUUGUGCCCAACAGGGACGGGUCUCAAGGCAGACGGAUCACACCGGAGCAAUUCAACGUCGAACUGCCUCAUACAUACAACUGGUAUGCUGUUGUUGGCCAGCACACGGUUGAGGCAAUGAACAAACUCAUUAAAGACAAGUCACCGGCCGAGAAAGUGUAUGGCUUGAGGUCAUACUCUCACGUACGUGUUGUCUACUUUGACGAUGACAGAAAGAGAGGAUAUCCGUACGUCUCGACGUUCGACAACAUGAGGGAGAAGCGUUCGAUCCCAAGAUCGUUUUCGUCAUCUGUGCGCCAAAUCAGAACAUUUUGGGAUAAGAGGAAUGGCCGGAUCCGUCCACCAGGGACCGUGUCCCCGAAUGACGUCGAUGGAAUGAAACGGAAAAAAAAAUGGGAAGAGUUUAUGAACGCCGCCUGCAAAAUGACACCUGAUUCCGUAGAGAAAUUCUUCGACAUGUACGAGAAGGGGCUAUUGCCGCGAGUCAACGGUGUGAGAUACAUCGACCUGCCGGGGAAAGUGGAAGGGAGACUGCCUGGGCAAUACUUCCUUAAGGACAACUCCGGCAAAAAAGUCAUGUUCCACUGCAUCAAGGCCAAGAAGGGGCCAUCAGGCGCAACGGUGUCUAUACCUGACUUGACGCCGACAAUCUUCAAGUUGUUCGGCGAUAUGACAGCGAGAGAGAAGCAAGUGGCAUUUCACCACAUGAUGCGUGGUGAUGUCAUCGUGACAUCACGUUCGGUACUUCGUGGUAGGUGCAACAUGGCGGACCUGGUUAAAUAUACUCGGCGUGAAAGAUAUAUGGGCCGUAUGUUCAACUACAUAUUGUUCAAGGCCGAGGGGAGGUCAAAAGAAGAGUGGAGCGCUGAGUUUUUCAUCGGUUAUAUGACCAUCUUGGAGAGGUACAACAAAAACGGCCUGACGGACGAGAAAUGGACCGAGGAACGCGACCGCAUCCCUGACGACAAGGCGAGGAGGGUGCCGAGGCGUUUGGGCGGUCCUGAUGAGAUUAAUGGUGAGAACGGUGCGGGACUGGAGGCAACCCAAGGCAUGUACAAGGAAACCCCGUUCCACCUCAAGUGUUUCAUCUACGAGGCAAUCGACUGCUUGGACGACCUGAGAGCGGAGGUUAAUCGGAUAUCCUCCAGUGCUUGUCACAUAUUUUGGGAAGUGGGGAAGAGGAUUACCACGAUCCUGCCAUUUGAAAUCGAACCGAAGGGAGUGCUCACCGACAACGAGAAGGUUGUUGGUACGGCGAGGGGGAUGAAGAUACGGGCAACCAUUCUUGAUAUGUCAACAUCAUCGAAAUGUGUUCCGUGGGAUGAUGACGCCUUUUCCAAACUGUACGUUUUCCUCAUGAGAUGCUGUGGCGAAAACUGGGCCUUGAUCAUUUUCGCGCCGAUGAAACACCACAAACAGGUGAUGCAGAGUGUGUACAAUUGGGAUGAUGUUGAGGUGCUCACAGGGUCAUGGUACAGACACUAUACACCUUCGACAACCUUGAACAAGUACGGCAACAUUGCAGUUCGGUACACUGACAUGAUGGCUAUUGUCCUCCACGCCGAGAACGACAAUUUGGACAAUAUAACGGUUGCACCGAAAUUGCGAGCCGAGUUGACAAAUUUGAACGUUGAAGAGGGUGAAUUUGUGAGGUGCUCAGGGGAGUGUAUCGGCGUGGAGGGCGACACCGACGCGGUUUAUUCUUGGAUGGAACGAGAGUCAUCACGUCUCCGAAAACUGUGCAGCUCGUUCAUCAGGAAGGACGCUGGCAUGAUGCUGUUGGGCAGGGCGCAUGCGGGACUGAUUUGGGAACUCGCUCGCGCCGGACACCACGUGUUUGCGUGUGACGACAUGACAAAAGAGCUCACAUACCUUUCCAAGUUUUUUGAGUUUUAUGUGAAGGAUACGAGGAACAAAUGCAGGUUCGAAAAGCCCCAAGUCGAGCACCGCAAGGACCGGGACAUUUACUAUAAGCUCGACAGAAAGAGGGAGAAAGUGUGGGCUUACUUGUUCGGUGACGCUCCACGGUCGGCGGUUGAUAACAAAUACGUCAUCAGGAAAAGUGAACUCGAGAUAGCAAUGAACGAGUACCGCGGAUCGCACAUGGGUGUUUUCCACAUGUUCGUCGCACGUUGUGAGCAUCUAUAUUUCAAUAUGAAGAAAAUAGCACUGUCAUGCAGGGACUAUGCGGACUUGGCACGUAAAGCGGGGAACUUCAACAACAUCGAUUGUGAUGAAGACACGUCAGACUCCGACCUGGCCGUUCCGUCGCGCGCGACACGACGUUCGGCGCAGGGAGCACGUGCCGAGGAGCCACAAGGGAGCACCAACGCAGAAGCGGAGAAGGCGAGGUCGAGUUUGGGAGCGACACAUGCUAGUGAUGGAGACGUGGAACAUAAAAUGAAUGCAAGGGGAGAAAAGAAUGGUGUACCAAUGAACCCGGUGGGUGCGAGUGAGGGAAUUGUUAACUCAUGGGGCAACACAGGGGGAGGAGAGAAUGGGUGUGAAAUGACCCCGCCGACAGCUGGACCAUCAUCGACACAUGCACCGCAGGCCGAGCAGCAAAUGCUCAUGUCGAUGGACACAGAUGAAGAUGAAGACAUGGAUAUUAUAGCAGUCAUGCCGAAGCUCGUGCCAGGAAAACCGUUACCUCAAGGCUUUGCUCAAGACCCUUCAGUGCCAUACUUGCUGAACACAAGUACAAGGAGUCAUCGGAGGAGGACUGGGGUCAUCAUAUUCUCUGGCAUGAGGGCGUGUUCGAACCGCUGCGAAACGGACAUACGUGCGAACGCUGGUCACAUACAGAAUGAACAGUUGCGAGCAUGUAUUCAACAAAGCACACAGAGAAGCGCAAUGGGGGAUUCCACUAUGAUACGCAAGGACGGCUACGACAUGGAGUCGGGCACAUUGACAGAGCCGCCAACGCGCGGGGUCAACGAUGGGGCAACAAUCAUUGGAUCUUUCGGGUCUCUUGUCGCGACAGUGGCGGCGAGGCAAGGCGUAUUUGAAAUGAUGGAGACCGUUGCGGGCCAGGAUGUUGAAAGCCAGACCGUGAAGGUGGCGCCAGAGCAGGUGGCGGCAACAACAGACGAGACGAAGAAAGGUGAGGGAUCUCGCGAACACAUUUCCGUAAUUGAUAUGAGAUCGGAGAGUACGGGCGAGGAUAUGAUCCAAGAUAACGACCAGAAAGAUGACCAUGCUGCACCACGAGUGGAAGGUGACGACGAAGAGGACGCGCAACGACCGAGACGGUCAACGAGAGCAGUAAUUAAGAAAACUGUGUUUGAUGCGUAGGAAAGCCUUAGACGGGCAUGAACGUUUACACGUUUCAGGUUAUAUUGAUGUGUCGCCACAAAUCAUGAUGCGAUAUUCACCGGUCCUCACAUGGAGUGUCUACGCAUUUCUUGUUAAAUUGAUAGGUUGCCGCUGGGUACUAUGUUAAAAAACUAUGUUAGACAGGAAUGGGUGUAAACGCGUUUUGGGUUAUAUUGUUGUCUUAAUGGAGGUGUUAUUAUGACACUGCAAUUCUCGAAACUGUAGUGUCGAUAAUAGAGGGUGCCCCAUCUCGAUACGUAUGUGUGUGUGUGUGUGUGUGUGUGUGUGUGUGUGUGUGUGUGUGUGUGUGUGUGUGAGUGUGUGUGCAUCUGUGUGAGUAGACAAAGGUCGACUCGUCACCAGCGUUAGGUUCUGUGUGUGGAUUAAAUUGUAUGUGCGAGCUUGGUACGGUUUUAUAAUAAAGGCAUAUGAAAACA